CCACCCCCCUUCUACCUCCCCUCCAUUCUAAUUCCCUCCAAAUUUUCACAAGUUUCCAACGUCAAUUUUAGACUCAUAACCCACAGAAUCUGCUCCUGCUCCACUUUCAAGCAGAUUAUGGGGAGGACUGAAGAUGAUAUGAGAAGGGAAAUUGAGGAGCGACUCAUCAACGAAGAAUACAAAAUUUGGAAGAAGAACACACCCUUUUUGUAUGAUCUGGUCAUCACACAUGCGCUUGAGUGGCCCUCGCUUACCGUUGAAUGGCUCCCUGACCGUGAAGAGCCUGCCGGUAAAGACUAUACCGUACAGAAGUUGAUUCUUGGGACCCACACCUCCGACGACGAGCCUAAUUACCUCAUGAUCGCUCAGGUUCAGUUGCCCAUCGAAGAUGCUGAAAAUGAUACUCGUCGUUACGAUGAACGCUCUGAUGUUGGGGGAUUUGGAUGCGCCAAUGGCAAGGUACAAAUAAUUCAGCAGAUAAAUCAUGAUGGAGAGGUGAACAGAGCUCGUUAUAUGCCUCAAAAUCCUUCCGUUAUAGCCACCAAGACGAUCAACGCAGAAGUAUAUGUUUUUGAUUAUACAAAACACCCAUCUAAGCCUCCUCUCGAUGGAGAGUGCAGUCCUGAUUUGAGAUUGAGGGGUCACAGCACUGAGGGAUAUGGUUUAUCAUGGAGUAAAUUCAAACAGGGCCAUUUGCUGAGUGGUUCUGAUGACGCCCAAAUUUGCUUGUGGGACAUUCAUGCAAGCUCGAAGAAUAAGACCAUUGAUGCUAUGCAAAUAUUCAAGAUUCACGAAGGAGUUGUAGAAGAUGUAGCAUGGCAUUUGAGGCAUGAAUACUUAUUUGGUUCAGUUGGUGAUGACCGAUAUUUGCACAUAUGGGAUCUACGAUCUCCAUCCAUCACCAAGCCUAUCCAAAGUGUAAUGGCCCAUCGGAGUGAGGUUAACUGCUUAUCAUUCAAUCCUUUCAAUGAGUGGGUGUUAGCAACUGGGUCAACAGACAAGACUGUGAAGCUAUUCGAUUUACGAAAACUCACUUCUGCUCUGCAUACGUUUGACCGUCACCAGGAGGAGGUCUUUCAGGUUGGAUGGAGUCCCAAGAAUGAGACAAUUUUAGCAUCUUGUUGUCUUGCUAGGAGACUCAUGGUUUGGGAUCUUAGUAGGAUUGAUAUGGAGCAAACGGCAGAGGAGGCGAAAGAUGGGCCACCAGAAUUGCUGUUUGUCCAUGGCGGGCAUACGAGUAAAGUUUCAGAUUUCUCAUGGAACCCAUGUGAAGAUUGGGUGAUUGCUAGCGUUGCUUCAGAUAACAUACUUCAAAUCUGGCAGAUGGCUGAAAACAUCUAUUAUGAUGAAGAUGAUCUCAACCCAAUCUCAACAACAAACAACAACAACAACAACAUCAACAACAACAACAACAACUACAACAGCAGCAACAACAACAACAACAACAACAACAGCAACAACAACGACAACAACAACAACUAGGCUUUAAAUCAUGUAAAUAUACAAGGAAUUAGGUAACAUUUUGGCGCUCAGAAUUUGGUUACUGCUUUUUUCUAAUUCACUUCAUCGACUAUUAUCCAGGGUGUGAGCAAUAAAUAGAAUCAAUGAACAUGAAGAGUUUCUUUGCAUACUCAUUAUAUACAAAUGACUUGAUGGAUUCAGACCAAUAUUUUCUAUGGCUGGAUGUAUACAGACCCGUGUCU